AGGUCCGCGGGAGGAGCCGAGACUACAACUCCCAGACGUCCCCGGCGCUGCGGGCUGUGGGCUGCUGGGGUGUUUGCGGAGUGGUGGGCCGCGCGGUGGGAGGACCGUCAACGUAGAAACGCAAGGUCAGGGUUUCCGGGAAGGCAGAGUUGCCUCUUCUCCCUCUCGGUGGGAUCCCCCUCCCCGUCCUGCAGGGAGGCCAUGCCGCGACCCCGGAAAAGGCAGGCCGGGCCUGCGGACCCAGACAAGAAGGGCCCAUCAGGAAAGCAUCCCAAAUCUGAGAACCCAGGUGAGUCACUGGCUAAAGUGGAGAACUCCAGCCCUCAGAAGACUCCAGCCUCUAACAACUGUGGGAAGAAUGCAAGCAGCCACUGGCUGAUGAAGUCAGAGCCGGAAAGCCGACUAGAGAAAGGGGUAGAUGUGAAGUUCGGCAUUGAGGAUCUCAAAGCGCAGCCCAGGCAGACAGCAUGCUGGGAUGGUGUUCGCAACUACCAGGCCCGGAACUUCCUAAGAGCUAUGAAGCUGGAGGAAGAAGCCUUCUUCUACCACAGCAACUGCAAAGAGCCAGGCAUCGCAGGACUGAUGAAGAUCGUGAAGGAGGCCUACCCGGACCACACGCAGUUUGAGAAAAACAAUCCCCAUUAUGACCCAUCCAGCAAAAAGGACAACCCCAAAUGGUCCAUGGUGGAUGUCCAGUUCACUCGAAUGAUGAAGCGUUUCAUUCCCCUGGCUGAGCUGAAAACCCACUACCAAGCGCACAAAGCCACUGGUGGCCCUUUAAAAAAUAUGGCUCUUUUCACUCGGCAGAGACUCUCAGUUCAGCCCCUGACCCAAGAAGAGUUUGAUUUUAUUUUGAGCCUGGAGGAAAAGGAACCGAGUUAAUUGGAACAGUGCUGCUGGAAUGGCCAAGGAAUUCCUCCAAAGUUAAGCUUUCAUAUGACAGAAGAAGUUGCGAGGAGAUCUGCUUGUGAUUGACCUGGGUUGGUUUGUGUAAAGGUGGGUUUUGUGUACUUUUUCCAAUAAAAUGUUAACAUUGAGUGAA